CAAUAUCUAAUAAUUCAAACCUCUUUGCCAGCCGCUGAUCGUUGUCCGGGGUUGAAUCGGCCUGUCGUUUGACUCCAUGUGGUCUUGGCUCCAUCUCGGCCCCCAGCUACGGUUUCGUCAUCCAGACCCUCAAUUUCUCAGCUUUUCGCUCUGCUGCAGGGUUGUCGAUCGACCAGAAAGAGAAGCGAAACGUGUCAAUUAGGAUAUUUGAGCCGGCCGUGACCGUGGAAGCUCUAUUAAAGACAUCACCUCUGCCUCGUUGAUGCGGGGUCUGAAGUUCUUCAACUAUUGCGGACGUGGUCUGAGUCACGGCAACUUCUCGAAUCUCAACUCCUUUGGGGGCGCGCCAAAAUUUCCAUUUCUUGCCCCUCCAAGCCUGAACACCCGCUUCUUCCAAACAAACCCAUCAAAGGCCUACACCAUGCCUUCAAUCAUUGAGGCUGAGCCAGAAUGGAGCGCGGUGCGCGUUCGCGCUGCCUUUUUGGAAUUUUUUAAGAAGAAGGGACACACCUUUGUCCCCUCAUCCUCUGUCGUCCCUCUUUCUGACCCUACACUCCUCUUUACCAAUGCUGGUAUGAACCAGUACAAGUCAAUCUUUUUGGGUACCGUCGAUCCUCAAUCGGACUUUGCCCAGCUCAAGCGUGCAGUAAAUUCGCAAAAGUGUAUUCGCGCGGGAGGAAAGCAUAAUGAUCUUGACGAUGUUGGCAAGGACAGCUACCACCACACAUUCUUCGAAAUGUUGGGCAACUGGAGUUUUGGCGAUUACUUCAAGAAAGAGGCAAUUGAAUACUCAUGGGACCUUCUCACCAAGGUCUUUGGCAUCGCCCCCGAUCGAUUAUACGUUACGUACUUUGAAGGAUAUGAGGCUGGUGGUCUCGAGCCGGAUCUCGAGGCCAAGGAGUUCUGGAAGUCGGUGGGUGUCCCGGAAGACCAUAUCCUUCCUGGAAACAUGAAGGACAACUUCUGGGAAAUGGGUGACCAAGGCCCUUGCGGUCCUUGCAGUGAAGUUCAUUACGACCGGAUAGGCGGUCGGAAUGCCGCUCACCUAGUUAACGAGGAUGACCCCAACGUCCUCGAGAUUUGGAACAACGUUUUCAUUCAAUACAACCGUGAGGCCGACAAGUCUCUCCGACCGUUGCCCAACAAGCACGUCGAUACGGGUAUGGGCUUUGAGCGUCUCGUCUCUGUUCUUCAAAACAAGGAGUCGAACUACGACACCGACGUCUUCUCGCCCCUCUUCAAGAAGAUCCAAGAGAUCACCGGCGCUCGGGAAUACCGUGGCAAAUUCGGAAGCGAGGAUCCGGAUGGCAUUGACACUGCCUACCGUGUCUGUGCGGACCAUGUGCGGACAUUGACUUUUGCCAUCAGCGAUGGCGGCAUUCCCAACAAUGAAGGCCGUGGCUACGUAGUGCGAAGAGUUCUCCGCCGAGGCGCUCGUUAUGCUCGCAAGUAUUUCGAGACGGAUAUUGGAAACUUCUUCUCAAGGAUCGUCCCUACGCUUGUUGAGCAGAUGGGUGGCAUGUUCCCUGAAAUCGCCAAGAAGGAGAAGGAUGUCAAGGAAAUCUUGGAUGAGGAAGAAGAGUCCUUCUCCAAGACCCUCGACCGGGGCGAGCGCAUGUUCGAGCACUAUGCCCAGCAGUGCAAGAUCCAUGACUCCAAGAAGCUGCACGGUGCGGACGUGUGGCGUCUUUACGACACAUUCGGAUUCCCUGUUGACCUUACCAGAUUGAUGGCCGAGGAGCGCGGCCUCGACAUUGAUGAGAAGGAGUUCCAGGAAGCGCAGGCAAAAGCCAAGGAAGCCAGCAAGGGUGAGAAGAAGGCCGUUGCUGAUUUGGUCAAGUUCGAUGUUCAUGACCUUGGCAACUUGGACAAGAUGCACGAGGUUCCCAAGACUGACGAUAGCGCCAAGUUUGCCAAGGGCAACAUCACCUCUCAGAUCAAGGCUAUUUUCCACUCAAAGAAAUUCUUGAACAGCACCUCAGAGAUUCCCGAGGGCGAGCAACUUGGUGUGUUGCUGGACCGAACCAACUUUUACGCCGAACAGGGUGGCCAGGAAUAUGAUACCGGGAAGAUUUUGAUUGAUGGCCACGCUGAGCUUGAGGUCCAGAAUGUCCAGUCGUAUGCUGGCUACGUUUUGCACACUGGUUACUUGAAAUACGGUAACCUCACUGUUGGCAACGAGGUCAUUUGUGAGUAUGAUGAGCUCCGUCGGUGGCCCAUCCGGAACAACCACACUGGAACGCACAUUCUCAACUACGCCCUCCGUGAAGUACUCGGCGAUGCCAUUGACCAGAAGGGCUCCCUCGUCGCCGCAGAAAAGCUCCGGUUCGACUUUUCGCACAAGUCGAGCAUCUCGGACGCCGAGCUUGCCAGAAUCGAGGACAUUUGCUCCGACUACAUUGAGAGGAACGACACAGUCUAUGCAAAGGACGUGCCGCUCGCCACUGCCCGCGAGAUUCAAGGCGUGCGCGCCGUCUUUGGCGAGACAUACCCCGACCCCGUCCGCGUCGUCUCCGUUGGUGUUGACAUUGAAACUCUGCUCCACAACAUCAAGAACCCUGACUGGGAGCAUGUCAGUGUUGAGUUCUGCGGUGGUACACACGUCCAAAAGACGGGUGAUAUCAAGCGUCUCGUCAUCCUCGAAGAGAGCGGUAUCGCCAAGGGCAUUCGGCGAAUUAUUGCCGUUACCGGCGAGGAGGCCUAUGAGGUGCAACGGAUCGCCAACGAGUUCUCUGACCGUCUUGACCACCUUACCAAGAUGCCUCACAGCUCCGAAAAGGAGCAGGCCGUCAAGCAGACCCAGACGGAACUCAACCAGUUGUCCAUUUCCGCCAUUACCAAGGCUUCUUUCCGUGACCGCUUCGCCAAGAUUUCCAAGCAGGUUCUCGAUGAACAAAAGGCCAAGCAAAAGGCCGAGGCCAAGGAGGCCGUCGACACCAUCACCAAGUACUUUGCCGAUGAGAAGAACAAGGACAAGAAACACCUUGUCAUCAAGCUUCCUAUCUCCGCCAACUCAAAGGCCCUCGGUGAAGCUCUGAACUUUGUCAAGUCAAAGAAUAGCGACAAGACUGUCUACCUUUUUGCUGCUGACUCAACUGAGUCCAAGGUCGUGCAUGGAUGCCACGUCUCUUCUGACGCCUCAUCCAAGGGCGCUUCCGCCAACGAGUGGGCCUCUGCCGUAUCUGGCGUUAUCGGCGGCAAGGCUGGCGGCAAGGGCGCCACCUGCAUCGGCAACGGCACUCAGGCAGACAAGGUCGACGAAGCUCUUUCCAAGGCGGAGGAAUAUCUUUCUAAGCUGUCAAUUUAAAUUACCCUUUUUUUUUUCUCAUCUUUUUCAUUUUCUCCAUUUCUCUUCAACUUUUUAUUCAUAUUUCCUUUCCCCCUUUUAUCUUUUUUUACCCCCUUUUGUCCAAUUGGUAAGAUGACUUACUUCGGAUUUACUUUACCACCAGAAAGGUUCUUUUCUUUUCUUUUUCUUCU